CGAAAUAAACAAAUUGGGGUCCUCUCUCUUCGCUGUAAGCUAGCUAGUCGAAACGGUUGUUACGAGUCACAUUGUUUCACAACAACUGUGGCAAAUUGUGAGAAAUAACACCAAUGUGUGUCGGUUAGAGUGUUCGGGGGAAUGUUUAUAAACCCAGAGUUCGGCUCGGUUCGCUCGGUUCCGUCCUAACUGUCCCGGUUUUUCUGCUUUUUUAAACGUCGACGGGUGUUUUUUUUUUUUUUUCUUCAAACGGUAACGUUAGCAUCGGCUAAGCUAACAGGCUAAUUUAAAUUAUUCGACAUUUACCUGAACAAAUAAAAAACAGGGAGGCGUUGAUGAGCAACAAUGUCUGGCAUCGCUCUGAGCAGAUUGUCCCAGGAGCGCAAAGCCUGGAGGAAAGACCACCCGUUUGGUUUUGUCGCCGUGCCGACGAAGAAUCCUGAUGGGACGAUGAACCUGAUGAACUGGGAGUGUGCCAUUCCCGGGAAGAAAGGAACCUUGUGGGAGGGCGGACUCUACAAACUCAGAAUGUUGUUCAAAGACGACUACCCCUCUUCACCACCCAAAUGCAAGUUUGAGCCACCAAUAUUUCACCCGAACGUCUACCCAUCCGGCACCGUGUGUCUGUCGAUCCUGGAGGAGGACAAAGACUGGAGGCCUGCCAUCACCAUCAAACAGAUCCUGUUGGGGAUCCAGGAGCUGCUGAACGAGCCCAACAUACAAGACCCAGCACAAGCAGAGGCUUACACAAUUUACUGUCAGAACAGGAUGGACUACGAGAAGCGGGUAAGGGCACAGGCCAAGAAGUUUGCCCCGACAUAGAGAGGAGAGCUGGGCCUCUGAUCCCGCCUGAGCAGCCUGAACUUACGGAGGAUACAAACAGGAGGCAGGCAGCACCUGAAGGACCACUCCAACAAGAAUCCAGUUUUGAGUAUUAUCAUACUAUCACACAGGUGGCGAGUGAGCCUUUUUUUUUUUUCUUUUUCUUUUUUUUUAAAACAACAAAUCAUACAAUAAGAUCAUAACUUUACCUUCAACAAAUGUUUAUGCAUUUUCAAUGCAUAGCUCAUGAUCCUAGAACUCCGCUGUCGACACGACCUUUCGCUCUUUGUAACUCUUGUAUAAUCCAUAUCUCCAGUUUCUUCAUGAGUCCUGCGAAGCUCACUCAUGCCUCCAUCGAAUACUGUAAUAAAGUAAUGCUAAUGUAUCGGCAGAGCUGUAGAAAUAAGAUUUCACGUCCAAACCACUCUCUGUGUAAACGUUCAAGAGGAGGAGAUUUCGCUAAACCUUCCAGUUUUUAAUGAAGAAAAAUCCCACCGAGUAUUGUAGAUAGUGUUUCACGAGGAGCUGGGACAAAGCGUUUCGUUCCCGUCACAUCCCAGAAAAGCAUCAAAAAAUACAGUCGACACGUCAGAUUCAGGUAGAAGACAAUCCUGGCACUUGUAUAUUGGUUGUUAAGCUAAAACUAAAGUGGUGUUUGUCCAUCUCAACGAAGGGAGGAGUUUAAAUCCUUUUAUUGCAGUGGAGAGAAGAUAGUGUUCAGAUUCUUUUUGUGAAUCCAACUCGGGAGUGAAAGUAUUCAACGUCAACACCAGCACGCCGUCUGCUUCCCCUCCCCGCCCCCCCCAAAAAAA